UUUUAUUUAUAAGCUACACAGCACCAAUCAUGUAACGGUGUACUACUACCACAGUAGAUCGUAGCUCCAGCUCUACGGCUCGGCAUUGCGAUGAGAGGCUCCUCUCAAGGGGUUAUCCACAACCCUAUUGACUAUUGACGUCAUCUCGCCACCGGAGAAGUGAUCUCUUACUAAGACUUGGUGAAAGGACAACAUUUCUCUCGAUACAUAAAGGGAGAAGAGGAGAAACUGAAUAAUACACUUAUAACUAGUAUAAACCAGAGGGGAGCUAGCAGAGCUGUGACUGGCACAGAACAGGAAUGGUGGAUCACUUGCCGAUAGGCGAGGAGACCUUCAUGUAUUACGCCAACUCUCCGGCAGACCAUCACGCAUCGGACAUGGUGACAGACACGGGUGUGUACCAGGCACUGUCCUCCCCGUUCUCAGAGGACGACCUGAGUGACUCGUCCAGCGCCCGCUCCUGCUCCAGCCCUGAGUCCCAGGUGCUGGGUUCCAGCUAUGGCAGCGGCAGCAGCAGUGGAGAGAGCCAGGACGGUCUCCUGGACUUCCUGCUCUCCCAGGCCACACUGAGACGUGGAGUUACUCCCUCUCUAUCCCCCUCAGUACCACCCAUCCUCCCCAUGGGUCUAGCAUGGGAGUCAAAGAGGGACCGCCUGUCUCCGACAACCAAAGAGGAGUGCUUUGAGUUUCCUGAGUUCCCAGCGGACCUGGAUGAUCACAUAGGGCUGCUGUUUCAGCCCACCCUGGAGGAGAUAGAGGAGUUCCUGGAGGAGAAUAUGGAGGUGGUGGCGUUGAAGAAUGAGGCUUGCGAGGGUGGGAUGUUGGAUGUUAGCAGUCAGGUGACAGGGUCAGUGCCUGGGCUAGCGCACUCAGACCAAGCAGUACCUGUUGCCGGUGCUACUGACCUCACCACAGAGACCAAACACACACCAACAUCCCCGAUAACAGACUCCAACGUUUGUAGUGGGAUUAAACAGGAAGACAGUGCUGGGACACCAGCAUCAGUAGAGGGGUCGCCUGUCAUCCUGCAGAUUCAACCAAUCCAGAUUAAGCAAGAGCCAAUCCCAGGUGCGAUACCAACACCAGUAUCACAGCAGACCACCCAGCCCACCUCAGACAUCAAAAUUGCCCAGCUCCUGGUCAACAUCCAGGGCCAGACUUUUGCCCUGGUGCCCCAGCUGAUGUCCCCAGCUAAUCUCAAUGGCACAUCUUCCAAAUUUGUGCGCAUCGCACCCGUACCCAUAGCCGCCAAGCCCCUGGGUCCCGGGGAGGGUGGGUUUGCAGGUGGCCAGGCUGCAGGGAUCCUGGUGGGAGGACAGAAGUCCCAGAAGAGCUCGGUAGCGGACCUUAUAAAAAUGCAUAAGUGUACUUUCCCUGGAUGUGCCAAGAUGUACACUAAGAGCAGCCACCUGAAGGCCCACCUGAGGAGGCACACUGGGGAGAAGCCCUUUGCCUGCACCUGGCCUGGCUGUGGAUGGAGGUUCUCAAGGUCAGACGAACUCUCCAGACACCGGCGCUCCCAUUCUGGAGUGAAGCCUUACCAGUGUCCUGUCUGCGAGAAGAAGUUUGCCCGCAGCGAUCACCUGUCCAAACACAUCAAAGUCCACCGCUUUCCACGAAGCAACAGGACUGUGCACUCUGCAAACUGACCCUGUUGACCCCCCCCCCCCCCCUCCCCCCAUCCUGCUAGACUGAGGCCUCGCCAGGGGACACACAGAGAGACAAGGAUAGGAUAUUUGUGUGUGGGAGAGAGAGAGAGAGAGUUGGAGGAAUGAAUGUGGGAGAGGGCAUGUAGCAGAGGGGACAGUGGGACUGAACGUUCAAACAACGGUUAAGAGAGAGAGUGUUUGAAUGUUUUGUUUGUGAAUGUGUGUGUUUGUGCAAGAUUGUGUGACGCACGUUGGUGGUCCUGUGAUAAUUUAUUGGGUGAUACAAAACAAAAACUCUUACUUGACAUGACAUCUUCACAGGUGUAUUACGUCUUGUAAAAAGAUUUUCUUUCAUUUUGGGGGGUUUUUGUCGUCAUUCAAAUUUUAAAGAUAAGAUUUGAGAAUCGAACAAAAGUUUUGUUAUGCAAUGUAUUUUUACACUGAGGUUUGAAUGAAUUGUUGUUGAUGUACCUGCCUAUAAUUAAUGCAUCAACAUUCCUUCUUCUCAUCGCCUACGGGGGUUUUCAACUUUUACUACGUAGUUCUUUAAACCAAAACAUUUAUAUUAAUACUCAAACGUUCAUGUUGAACUACUGAUCAUUAUCAGGAUCAUGCCAUUAUAAGCUACUGGCAAAAUGUGGAGGCUGUCUCCUAUUUUCAUUACAGGAGCACUAUGAUGACCCAUGCCAGGUAAAAGGCAUGUGGAUCAGUUAACAGCUAACAGUGAACAGCCAACUGCCGUACAACGAGGUGCAACAAAAAGGAAAUGCGCACAUUGUUUUAUGGCGCGUUGUUUAUAUGUGAACCGACUGGCCUUUAGAUCAGUACUGAAUAAUUGUAUGUUUUCUUUUUGUAUAUUUGUAUACGUCAGCUGGAGGAGGUGUUAUUUUUUAUUUAGUUGAAUGUGUGCUAUGUCCGUGACUCUUGAAGCUCAUGCUAUUUGAAUAUCAUAAUGUCAUCCACGUGUCUGGCCUUGUAACUAUGCAGUGCUUUCGGAAAGUAUUCAGACCCCCUGAUCUUUUUCCACAUUUUGUUACAUUACAGCUUUAUUCUAAAAUUGAUUAAAUAAAAAGAAAUCCUCAGAAAUCUACACACAAUACCCCAUAAUGGCGAAGCGAAAACAGGUUUUUAGACAUUUUUGCAAAUGUAGAAAUACAGAAAUACCUUAUUUACUUAAGUAUUCUGACCCUUUGCUAUGAGAUUCACAAUUGAGCUCAGGUGCAUCCUGUUUCCAUUGAUCAUCCUUGAAAUUAUUCUACAACUUGAUUAGUGUCCACCUGUGGUAAAUUCAAUUGAUUGGACAUGAUUUGGAAAGGCACACACUUGUCUAUAUAAGGUCCACAGUUGACGGUGAACGUCACAGCAAAAACCAAACCACGAGGUCGAAGGAAUUGUCCGUAGAGCUCCAAGACAGGAUUGUGUCAAGGCACAGAUCUGGGGAAGGAUACCCCAACAUUUCUGCAGCAUUGAAGGUCCCCAAGAACAAAGUGGCCUCCAUCAUUCUUAAAUGGAAGAAGUUUGGAACCACCAAGACUCUUUCUAGAGCUGGCCACCUGGCCAAACUGAGCAAUCAGGGGAGAAGGGCCUUGGUCAGGGAGGUGACCAAGAACCUGAUAUUCACUCUGAUAAGGCUCUAGAGUUCCUCUUUGGGGAUGGGAGAACCUUCCAGAAGGACAACCAUCUCUGCAGCAUUCCACCAAUCAGGCCUUUAUGAGAGCCCAGAUGGAAGCCACUCCUCAGUAAAAGGCACAUGACAGCCCACUAGGAGUUUGCCAAAAGGCACCUAAAGACUCUCAGACCAUGAGAAACCAGGUUCUCUGGUCUGAUGAAACCAAGAUUGAACUCUUUGGCAUGAAAGCCAAGCGUCACGUCUGGAGGAAACCUGGCACCAUCACUACGGUGAAGCAUGGUGGUGGCAGAAUCAUGCUGUGGGGAUGUUUUUCAGUGGCAGGUACUGGGAGACUAGUCAAGAUCGAGGAACGGCGCAAAGUACAGAGAUCCUUGGUGAAAAACUGCUCCAGAACGCUCAGGACUUCAGACUGGGGGCUAAGGUUUACUUUCCAACAGGACAACGACCCUAAGCACACAGCCAAAACAACACAGGAGUGGCUUUGGGUCAAGUCUCUGAAUGUCCUUGAGUGGCCCAGCCAGAGCCCAGACUUGAAACUGAUUGAACAUAUGCCAUUCUUGUAGCGUCAUACCCAAGAACACUCAAGGCUGUAAUCGCUGCUAAAGGUGCCUUAGCAAAGUACUGAGUAAAGGGUCUGAAUACUUAUGUAAAUGUAAUACUUCUGUUUAAAAAAAAAUAUUAACAUGAUUUUGCUUUGUCAUUAUGGAGUAUUGUGUGUAGAUUGAGGGAAUUUUAUUUUUAAAACAUUUUUCGAAUAACGUAACAAAAUGUGGAGAAAGGUCUGAAUACUUUCCGAAGGCACCAUAUGUCCUUUGGGGCCAAUAUCUCAACUGAGUACUGAGGAUCUAUUUGAACAUAAUUAUAGCACUUAGUUGGUGGCUGUAUAAAAUCUCUACAGGACAUGAGCAUUGAAUGUCUACCCUGCCAAUAUGAGCAUGUCAAUCAGAACAUGUGUGUAUGUCAGUGACAGUCGAUCAAUGUACAGUUCCAUUCAAUGCUGGUGUAGGAGCAAUGAAGGACCCAAUCCAUGAAAUCAAUUUCAGUGUAAUCAUUGUUUUCAGUAAAACAGUUGAACUAUGUUUUUUUUAGGGAUUCUAGCUUCACUAGCCUGAGUUCACUGUCUCCUCAAUAUCAACACAAUGGUCUGCCUCGUGUCAUCAACACAUGGUACUGAAAAAAACCUAUAGCCUUCCAACAGUGACUUCUACUUCAAAUUGAUAGCAGUGCUAAGUAAGCCAAGGCUCCUGAGGGAUUGAAUUUGGUGGAUAAGAACUGGAAUACCAUGGUGCUAUUUAUUAGUUACUCUACUCUUGAACACGUGAAAGUAAAUGGUCAUAGAAAUCUCUCCAAUGCACGUGGCCGUAGUUACCCUCCUUACCUACAGCUGACACAUGAUUGGCUUAGGUAGGGGGAAAAACGAAAACCAUUAUAAACACAGUAUUUGUGUAUUUGUAUUGUGUUUGAGUAUUUUCCCUCUGCAAAAACUGCACUGUCUUUGAUGGCAUGUCCUUUAUGUAUUAUCAAUAUCUGAACCUAAGAGGUAUAGGGAGAAUAGUAUGCUUAUAAGAAUGCAUUCCUUUCAUUCAAUUUGAAAGGCUUUUUUUGUUUUUAAACGGUGUUAUUUUAACCCAUGAAUGUAUGUAUAUACUGUCGCUAGAUGCAUCUAAAAGACACAGAAAUAUUAUUCUUAUCAUUUCUGGGAUUGUGUAAAUUUCUAGUGCAAAAAUGUAAAGAAGUGUACAUAAUGACAAUGAAUGAUAUAUUAUAUAGAUAUGAUAUAUUUUUCUUUGUUAAGAGGGGUCUGAAUACUUAAGAUGCAUUUACAAAUAAACCAAACCCAAAACAUAAA